AACAACUUGUUUGUGGAAUUUACAACAAAUCAUUUUAUUAGUAAUCCUCACCGGUAGGAUCAUACUUUUUGUUUUCGUUUUUUUUAAUAUUGAAGAAAAUGUUAAGACAUUUAGGAAGAAGAACUUUCUUAGAUGCAAAGAAAUUAACCAUCUUUGCCAACCAGGAAAGAUUUUCUUCAGAUAGAACCAACACAAUUAUCUUGUUUGUGCCUCAGCAGGAAGCAUGGGUAGUGGAACGGUUUGGAAAGUUUCACAAGAUUUUAAAUCCGGGUCUGAACAUUCUUGUUCCUGUGAUCGACCGCAUUCACUAUGCUCAUACAUUGAAAGAACAAGCUAUAGAAGUACCAGAACAACACGCCAUCACUGCAGACAAUGUUACCUUAACCAUAGAUGGAGUGUUAUAUAUGAAAGUUAAAGACCCAUAUAAAGCAAGUUAUGGUGUAACAGACCCAGAAUUUGCUGUCACCCAGCUGGCACAGACCACCAUGAGGUCAGAAAUCGGGAAAAUCAGCCUGGAUUCGGUGUUCAAAGAGCGAGAGACGCUCAAUGAAAAGAUUGUCUGGGCAAUUAAUGUAGCUGCUGACUCCUGGGGCAUUUCUUGUCUGAGAUAUGAAAUCAGAAACAUUGACUUACCAAAAGCUGUUCGAGAUGCAAUGCAGAUGCAGGUUGAGGCUGAACGGAAAAAGAGAGCAUCCAUCUUGGAAUCUGAAGGUAAAAGAGAGGCAGAGAUCAAUGUAGCUGAAGGCAGAAAGCAGGCCAGGAUUCUCAACUCAGAGGCCAACAGAACAGAGCAGGUCAAUGAAGCUAAAGGUCAGGCUGAAGCAACCAUUGCCAAGGCACGGGCAAAUGCCGUAUCAGUUGCACUAGUGGCACAGGCUCUCACAAGAAAUAAUGGAAUGAACGCUGUAUCAAUGAGAGUUGCUGAGUCAUAUGUGGAGGCGUUUGGAAAACUGGCUAAGACCUCCAAUACGGUCCUCCUGCCUACAAAUACCGGAGAUGUGAGCAGCAUGGUAGCACAGGCAAUGUCAAUUUACAAGAAAUUGGCUGAUACUUCAACUUCAAAUACUGUUCAAGACAAAGACAAAGAUGUGGAUGCUUUCAUUACCGAAGAGCUCAGUAAAGUGAAGGAAGAAUUCCCUGAAUCCAAAUUACAGCUUGAGCUAGAAACCGAAAGACAUAAAGAUGACAUUGUCAGUAAAAACUUUAAAAGGUCAUCAUGAUGAGAAAAUACAUCUAGAUUAUGUUGAACGUGAAAGUCUUUAUUUGUAUGAUGUAUAUGACUUUAAAGUUAAUGUAAUUUUUACAGAAUUAUGAUAGAAAUUAUGAUGUCUGCUAAAGGGAUUCAGUCAAAUAUGUAUUGAACAUCAAACAGUUUAUGUUUUCUCUUUAAUAUGCUCUUCUGAAAAAAGACCAAAUGCAAAGCAGGUCGAUUCCCAGUAUUUUGCUAUUUUUAUCGACCAUUAUAGGACAUAUUAAAGACUGUGUGUAAUAAGAAAUGAUGCAUUGAAGGUGUAUAGCAUGAGUAGUUGCAAAUCUGUUGUCAACAAUUGUGAACCUUUGCUAAAUUCUAUUGAAUAAAAUAGAAUAUAAAAUGUAGAUAGAA